AUGGCGGAAGAAGCUAAAGCUAAAGGCAACGCUGCUUUCUCUUCCGGUGACUUCACCUCCGCCAUACGUCACUUCACCGAAGCUAUUGAUCUUGCUCCGACCAAUCACGUCCUCUACUCAAACCGUUCCGCUGCUCAUGCGUCACUUCACCAAUACUCAGAUGCUCUCUCCGACGCGAAGGAGAAACCUUACUGGCCUAAAGGUUAUAGUCGUCUCGGCGCUGCUCACGUAGGGUUAAACCAGUUCGAGCUGGCUGUCACGGCUUAUAAGAAGGGUUUGGAUAUUGAUCCGACUAACGAGGCGUUGAUCUUUUUGCAGCAGCCUGAUUUUGUUAGCAUGAUGCAGGAGAUUCAGAAGAACCCUAGCAAUCUCAAUUUGUAUUUGAAGGACCAGAGAGUGAUGCAAUCUCUUGGUGUUCUAUUGAAUGUUAAUUUCAGGCAGCCUCCGGGAGACGAGGCGGAGGUUGCUGAGUCUGAUAUGGGUCAGAGUUCUAGGAACGAGCCUGAGGUUGAGAAGAAGCCAGAACCUGAGCCGGAGGUGACGGAAGCAAAGGAGAAGAAAGAGAGGAAAAAGAAAGCCGAAAAGGAGAAAGAGCUUGGGAACGCUGCGUACAAGAAGAAGGAAUUCGAAACUGCCAUUCACCAUUAUUCUACAGCUAUUGAGAUUGAUGAUGAAGAUAUCUCAUACAUCACAAAUCUUGCUGCUGUUUAUCUUGAAAUGGGAGAGUACAAUGCGUGCAUUGAGGAUUGUGACAAGGCAGUGGAAAGGGGUAGAGAGCUUAGGUCAGAUUACAAGAUGAUAGCUAGAGCUUUGACUAGGAAAGGAACUGCUUUGACCAAGUUGGCGAAAUGCGCUAAAGAUUAUGAACCUGCAAUAGAAGCUUUCCAGAAAGCUCUUACAGAGCACCGCAACCCUGAUACAUUGGAAAAACGGCACGAGGCAGAACGAGCGAAGAAAGAGUGCGAGCAGAAGGAGUAUUUCGACCCUAAGAUUGGGGAGGAAGAGCGUGAAAAAGGUAAUGAAUUUUUCAAAGAGCAGAAGUAUCCUGAUGCUAUAAAACAUUACAAUGAAGCAAUCAAAUGGAACCCAAAAGACCCAAAAGCAUAUAGCAACCGAUCUGCGUGUUACACUAAGCUUGGUGCAAUGCCUGACGGACUUAAGGAUGCAGACAAGUGUAUUGAACUCGAUCCAACCUUCUCGAAAGGAUAUAGCAGAAAAGCUGCAGUCCAAUUCUUCCUGAAGGAGUAUGACAACGCAAUGGAAACAUACCAAGAGGGGCUCAAGCAUGAUCCUAAUAAUCAGGAACUUCUUGAUGGUGUUAGAAGAUGUGUACAACAAAUCAACAAGGCUAAUCGCGGGGACCUUACUCCUGAGGAAUUGAAAGAGAGACAGGCAAAGGGGAUGCAAGACCCAGAAAUCCAGAACAUCCUUACAGAUCCUGUAAUGAGACAGGUACUGAGCGAUCUUCAGGAGAAUCCAAGCGCAUCACAAAAACACAUGCAAAAUCCAAUGGUUAUGAACAAGAUUCAAAAGCUUAUUAGCGCUGGGAUUGUCCAGAUGAAGUAAAACUCAGAAGUCAAAUAUCCGUUUUUGCAGAUUCUUUUUUUCUUUUUCCCUCGUACAGUAUUAUUUUUGCAAAAUGUGAAACAAUUAUAAAGUUUUGUGACCCCGCUAAAACACAGGAUGGUCAGGUUUGCCGACGUUUUUAUGUGUUCCGUACAA